UCAGUGCAGACGCAGGUCCCUUCGCCGCAGUUCAGAGCUCAUAUAUUUACUCGAAGCAUGUCAAAAAUCACGGAGAAUGCAGAUUGUGACGACUGUAAGUAUCCCGCCCCCGGGGGAAAUGACACAGGACCGCGCGUGCAUUCCACCAUGGAUGAGGACGACGAACUUCUGAGAUACAUUUGGACCGAUUAUUUACACCCAAAGGAGUACGAGUGGGUUCUAAUCGUGGCUUACAUAGUUGUGUUUUUUGUCUCACUGAUCGGAAACUCGCUUGUUUGUUUUGCAGUGUGGAAAAAUCGUCACAUGCGCACAGUGACCAACUACUUCAUAGUAAACCUCUCCCUGGCUGAUGUGCUGGUCACCAUCAUUUGUCUGCCUGCAAGUCUUGUGGUUGACAUCACAGAGUCUUGGUUUUUUGGUGAAACUCUUUGCAAAAUUGUCCCCUAUCUUCAGACCAUUUCUGUUUCGGUGUCCGUUUUGACACUGAGCUGCAUUGCUCAAGACCGUUGGUACGCUAUCUGUCACCCGCUUAAGUUCAAGAGCACAGCCAAGAGGGCUCGCAAAAGUAUCUUUGCCAUCUGGGUGGUGUCGUGCAUCAUCAUGAUACCACAGGCCAUUGUGAUGGAGUGCAGCAGUCUUCUGCCUGAACUUACAAACAAAACCAGCCUGUUCACAGUCUGUGAUGAGCACUGGGGAGCUGAGGUCUACCCAAAAGUCUACCACACUGGCUUCUUCAUUGUUACAUAUUUUGCUCCAUUAUGUCUGAUGGUCCUGGCUUAUAUUCAGAUUUGUCACAAGCUGUGGUGCCAACAGAUUCCUGGAAACACAUCGGUGAUUCAGAGGAAUUGGAGGACUAUCCAGUGCUCAGCUCGGAGUUCAGGAUCGGGAGAGUCUGGAGGGAUGAAGACAAGCACAGUUUCCGCUGAGAUCAAACAAAUCAGAGCCAGACGCAAAACAGCUCGCAUGCUGAUGGUUGUGCUCUUUGUGUUUGCUCUCUGCUACUUACCGAUCAGUGUGCUCAAUAUCCUGAAACGGGUUUUUGGGACCUUUAAGAACACAAACGAUCGAGAAACAAUAUAUGCAUGGUUCACUUUUUCACACUGGCUAAUAUACGCAAACAGUGCAGCAAAUCCCAUCAUCUAUAAUUUUUUGAGUGGGAAGUUCCGUGAGGAGUUUAAAUCAGCAUUCUCUUGCUCUUGUUACGGGCAACAGAAAGACAACAAUACAAGGAUGAGGAUGCGAGCAAACAGAGACAGCCGAAAGUCCAUGUCAACCCAAGUUAAUAAUGUGGACAACUUAUCACGGCUAUCAGACCAGAUUGUGUAGACUUUAAUACAUGUGAGAGGCUUAAAUAUCCAUCUCAAGGACAUGGAGAUAGCAAAAAAUCCCACUGAAGAAUGUAAAAACUCUCCAAGGACUUGCUACAAAAGAGUAAAUGGGAUAUUAGUGAACAUUUUCAAAGAACUUUCAAAUGUUAUUUUCUGGAGACUGAUAAAAUAUGUUUAAUUUCAAAAGAUGGAUUUCUAUAAACUGUAAAUGAUGCAACUUUAAGGUUCAGUGUUUUCUUUGUUUUGCUACACAUAUUAAUAAUAUACCCUUUUUUCCAUAUUAAAACUGUGCUGAUUUUAAAAAUGUAUUUUGUUUCAGCAAUUAAAGUAUUUAUUUAUUAUUUAAUUAUUUAUUCUAUUCUAGUGGAGGAGUUGUGGCUGAAAAGAUCAAGUCCCUUGUUGCUCAGAGAACCUCAAUGAGUUUUGUUGGUGAAAGACUGCAGAUGUGAAUUAAGAUUGAAUGUAAAGGUAAUAAAUAAUUAAAAUUGUCAAAUUACAGUAUUAGUGGUGGUGGUAAACUUUGAUUUAGCUUACUUUGUUAACAGCAAUACUAAAGUUCACCUUUUAGCCAGUACAUGCAAACCACAGAAGUCAGAUUUUUGAAUCUCAAACUAUGUAAAAAGGCAAUUUCCCACUUUAUAGAAAUAAUAUUUUGAGUGGAUGCUUCAAGGUAUUUUAAGGUAGUCUUGUUUUCUUAUUUUGUGAGCAUUACAAUGUAUCUUCUGGAAAAGUAUGUCAGGCUGCUAAGGAAAGAAACAUCUAUUAACAGGCAGAUAGCAGGGCAGAAAUUGUUACAACCACUUUUGUAACCAAUUAUUUGUUUCUUCAACCAAGGACGUGGUAUAAAAGUCAUGUCUAAAAUUUUAAAUUUUAUCACAAGCCUACUAAAACAGAGGAGUUUAUUUAUAUAGGUCCAGAUUGUUUAGAAUAUUAUUAUUUAUUUAUUUAUUUAUUUUUUAAUUGUUCCAAGGUAAAAUAUGUUUUCUGUCGGGAAAUAUUUUACUCAAAUUAGAGUAAAAAAAUCUACUGAAGGAUUGAUUGUCAUGCAUCGUUUUGCUCUUACACAAACAUUUGAAAUGAUGAAACAAAUUAUUGCUUAAUCAAUGUUAUUCAUAAUUGCAAUCACUGCAUCUGUUGAAAUAUCAACAGGUUACAACAAUCAUGUUGUAAUCAAAGAAAACAAAGAUGAAAAUUAGCUUCAAAGGACCUGCUUUAUGUCUGGUCAUUGACUUGUGCUGGACUGUGUUUCUGACCAGCUGAACUAUUGAAGGUUUGCUUUGUUGAAAGUAAUUGUGGACACUGUUGCCGUUAUUUGUUUGUUUUGUAUUUAUUAUUGUGAUUAUUUUGCAAUUUUAAAGUUAUAGGUUUGAAAAAAUAAUUUCACAUUUUGAUCGUCUGAUUGAAAACCAUUGAGUUUUGAUGUCACUGCUAAAAAAAGUUUGCAAUAAUUUGAAGUCUUAGGGUGUUGAGCUUCAUGAUUUAAACAAAUUAUUUUGCUUCUUCCAUGCAGAUGUACAUUGUUACUUGGUUUGAAAUGUAGUGUCUUGUUUUUGUUUCUUAUGAUUUGUAAUCUAUACAGGGAUAUUGUGAUUGUUAAUUUGUUCUGUGGGUUUUUUAAACGUUCUUCAUCCGAGUUGAC